AUGGCUCCUGUAAAAUCUGAGCCGGCUACGGAAAUGUCCGACUUCGAAAAGCAGCGCUUAGCCAACAUUGCAGAGCGCGAUGCGCUUUUGAAGAAGAUCAGUCUGGAAGCACAAUCCGCUGGUCUUCUAUCAAAGACGCCGGCGCCAAAAGCCGGACAAUCACAUAAGAAAAAAGCGGCUCCAAAGAGAGCCAAACGUGAGAAAGAUGCAGCGCCCGUUCCCCGCCGAUCCUCUGCCCGUCUCGCGGGUAUAACACCAGACAGUGAGAUUGCGAAGCGGAAGGCCGAAGAAGCCUAUGAGGCAGAGAAAUUACAAAUGGAAGCGAAGAGAAGACGAGUGGCCGGGGAUUUGCGGAUGGAUGAAAUCGGAGUUAAAGGGAAAUGGGAGGCUCUCUCUCUGGAUUCGCUUGCUACUAGCGGACCAGCAAAGUACGAGAGAACCUUUGGUGACGAGGACAUUAAGAAAACUACCAACAAAGACCUGAAAAUUAUGAGGGAAAGGAUGAGUGGGCUAAAUCUUUGGGAUGCCUGGGAGCCUAACAGGGAUAAAGUUGGGAAUUUGGGUAUUCUCGAUGCUUCACAGGAUGGACCGGGGGAUGACGAGGAAGAAGAUCCAGUAAUCACAACGAUUAAACCUCAUAGUCGGCCAAUAGCCGCUAUGCACAUACAUUCUUCCGCCCCAUCCAAGCUUUACACCGCCAGCUAUGAUACCUCAAUUCGGCAACUGGAUUUGGAAAAGUCCGUGGCCACCGAGGCUUUUGUCGCUGAUGAUUUCGGUCUGUCUGGCGUUGAUAUGUCACCUGAGGAUUCCCAUACUCUCUACUUCUCAACAUUGAAUGGGGUUGUUGGCCGUUAUGAUACCCGAAAUAACGUGACUAAACGUGAUGGUUCCACCAACAACGAUAAAAGUUACAGUGCGGACGAAUGGCAGCUAAGUGACAACAAGAUUGGUGGCUUUUCUGUCUGUCCCACUAAGCCCCAGUACAUUGCAACAGCCUCUUUAGACCGAACUAUGAAAGUUUGGGAUCUUAGAUUUCUAUCUAAGAAAACUCCUAGGGCUGUCGCCGAACACAUAAGUCCACUCUCGGUUUCUCAUGCGGCGUUUAACAGUGUGGGCCAGAUAGCAACCUCGUCCUAUGACAAUACUCUCAAGCUCUACAAUUUUGGAACCUUCGACCUAAAAUCUCGAAAAUCCACUGAAACUUUAACAAUCGAACCUGAUGCCAUGAUUGACCAUAAUUGUCAGACUGGGAGAUGGGUCACGAUGUAA